AUGCUCUGCCAUAGACCGUCCGGCCUGCAGUUGCUCUCCUACUUUCUCACCGUUUUGCUCUUCCCAGUCGCCUGCGUUUCUUCAAUAUCCGUGGCCUUCCCAAUUUGUACAGUAUGUCUCAUCGCCAGUUAUGUGUUCGUUUAUGCUCAGAAUAUUUUCCUCACCUUCUACGACGUUUCACCGGAUGAGCUGAUCAUCAGGAGAAAGCAGGGGAUUAAACCCGUAGCAUUUGAUCCAAGACGACAUACUCACGUUAUUGAGCGAGGAUUCUGCAACAUUUGCCAAAUUCAUGUAAUGUUCGUCGUACUAUUGACGUCGAUUGUAUUCUUAUCCGGUGGUGCAACAAUUUUGGGUUUUAUUCAGAUGUUUCUCUGGAUCAGCGAUACUGAUCACAUGCAAGAAAUUAACGGCCAAAUGUUCCCAUUUGAUGUCCCUCUGUGGCUAUGGCUUCUUGCCUCAUUUGUGUCAUUCGCCGCUCAUCUUGCAAUCGCCGCAGUCACUGCACAUCUACUGCAGUUCCACAUAAAGCUGUGGAAGAAAGGCAUGACCACUUAUCGAUUCAUCACUGAUCAGCGACAGAGGAAGACAACGGUCUCCAGAGAGACCAUUUCAGCGCAAAAUGAAGAAGCCAUUCACCACGAGUUGAAAGAGGAGCAUGCUGUGGGGAAGUUUGGAGACACAUUGACUCCAAGAAUAGCUGACGUUCAGCAGCGGUUGCCUUCACAUAUGCAAACCGACGCAAAUAUGGAGAAAAGUUCGACAGGUUUUAUUCGACUUCUUGGAUUUGCGUUGGACUGGGAAUUGCAGAUCCCACCCAAGGCCGUACUUCUCCAUGGAAUCACGACGUGCUCACAAAUCGAACUCGAUCGAGCCGCGUAUCGCCGGCGAGCCGUAGCCGACUGCCGCUACCUGCCCGACAGGAGAUCCGGUGCAGCCGCCGCCUCCAUCGCCGAGACUUUUCACUUGCAUCCACGAAAAGUUCACGAGUAUCCUUCCGCCUUUUAUUCAUUAUGA